CUCGGAUCCACGAGCAGUGUGGCGCGCGAGCUCCUCUCUUCUGGAUUCAAUUUUAUUCCGAUCGGAGGCGCGCGAGUGAUAGGUCACACUUGUUGCGCCUCGCCGCCCCGCCGCUCCGCGUCAAACGCGUCAAACGUGCCGGCCGCGCGUCGCCCCGUCGAGGAGGUCCGCGUCGAGGAGGUCUUCUCUCGCUCUAGUGCUCGGGGUCGCUGUGGCGUACACGCGCAAAGUGCGUCCCGGAAGACUUACGUGACGGUGCCAAGGAAGACCACAACCAGCUGCAUUAGUUUCGUUUCCCAUAUUUGUCCUAUCUCUUUACGACGUUCCUGGAGGUGUCGUUUGUGAAGAUGCCUCUGUCAUUGACAAAACUAUCAGCUGCCUGACUUUGUUGAGAGGGACUUGUUUUGGGUACGCGUGAGGCCACCUAUUUCGAAGAAAAUUGAGUGAGAAAGGGGUAGAGUGGAAUUUUUUUGAAAUACAUCUUUAGUUGCAUCCGGCUUGUCACCCUGCCGAACUGACAUCAAAACGACCAUUCCAGACAGAGACUCCACGAUGCCGUCACAGUAUUCAAAUCUAGACCCGCAGGGCCUACACCCUUCUAGUCCCAGUGAGGACUACGGAGACGCUCUGCAGCUCAACAGCUCCGGAUCCAUGAAUAAAGAUGACUGGAAAAGCGAAGAUUCGGAUCGGGCCAGCCCCUCGGGCAGCGGAUCCACUCAGCCUACGGCGCCUGCUACUCCUACACCAACAGCUUCCCACCCUAGAGAGACCUUGGUUUCGGUGACGGACGCUGAUGGCAAUGAGGUCCCUGAUGAACUGCUCGAGGAAAAGACGGCCUUAGAAGACGAGCCCCUUACCAUGACGACGUACAUGGUUGUUCCACCUGAUGGCGGCUGGGGCUGGGUCAUCGUAGCUGCAUCUUUCAUGUGUAACCUGGUGGUAGACGGCAUCAUUUUCACGUUCGGCAUGCUGCAGCCGCUGCUCGUAGAAGAGUUUGGAGUGGCCCAAUCUGAGGUGGCGCUUGUCGGCUCGCUGCAGACGGGCUUCUACCUCAUGGCAGGUCCUUUCGUGUCAGCCCUGGCCAAUCGGUAUGGUUUUCGCCUGGUCACCAUUCUGGGUGCGGUGCUGGGUGGCGCGGGCUUUGCCCUCUCCUCCAUGGCUACUAGCGUCCAGUUCCUCUUCCUCUCGUACGGCCUGCUGGGUGGGAUCGGCUUCGGCAUGAUCUACGUGCCCUCCGUCAUCACGACAGGCUUCUACUUUGAGCGGUGGCGUGCGCUGGCCACGGGCAUUGCGGUGUGCGGCAGUGGCAUCGGCACCACCCUCAUGGGGCCUAUUUGCGAGGCUAUCAUCGCGCACCUCGGCUGGAAAGGCCUUCUCUUGGUGCAGGGCGGCAUGGUGCUCUCGCUAUCACUGAUGGGGGCUCUGUUCCGGCCGCUCCAGCCCACCAAGGUAGAGGUGCCAUACGACCCCAUCAAGGCUGCGGAGCUCGAGGCCGCCGAGGCGGCGGCUGCCAAGGACGAGGGCGCCGGCGAGCAGCGGCUCCCACUUCUGCAGCGCAUCAAGCGCGCCCGAGACGAACUGCGUGCGCACAGCACGGCCUCGCUGCACGACCACGGCGCCAACAACAACUACCCUACGGCGGCGCAGGUCCUCGGGGCGUCCACGCGAGUCCUCAAGGCCUCGUGCCUCUCCCUGGACGUGUCCGUCACCCCGAACAAGGGGCACGCCCACCAACAGCACCACGGCAACCACCUGAACGGCGACCUCAGCAAGAGCGAGAAGCGCCUCAGCGCGCCCAUCCGGGAUGGCGUCACCCCUCCGUCCUCGCCGCGCGUGGCCAAGGCACUGACGCCCGAGCAGAGACGUGGCUCCGCUGUGGUACCCCGGAGGCAGCGCGCCCAGUCGGAGUCACACAGCGGCCGCAGGACGCACCACGGUGCCAACGGCACGCCCAGGGCCACCGGCGCCAGGCCCAUGUACAGGGACGACAUCUUCUUUGGCGCCUCAUUGCAACGCCUGCCUGAGUACGGCUCCAAGGUAUCGGCUCUGGACUACACCAUGUCUGUCACGCGGUUGCCCACGAAAGCCGACUUGGCCGAGGAGUCGUCGCAGACGUGCAGCCUAUGCCCUGAGGCCGUGCGCAGGACGCUGUACACUAUGCUGGACCUCUCGCUGCUCCGUUCACCAACCUUCCUGUUGCUCGCCAUGUCCGGCUUUUUCACCAUGAUGGGCUUCUACGUACCCUUUUGCUACCUGAAAGCCCGAGCGGUAGAGGGUAAAUGGGAAGAGUCCUCAGCCCUAUGGCUGGUGCCCUCUAUCGGCAUCAGCAACACGGUGGCUCGUGUGGCCUGUGGCGUGCUUUCUUCCAUGCCGGGCGUAAACGCGCUGCUCAUCAACAACGUGUCUCUCACCCUGGGCGGUGUUGGCACCAUGCUCUCGGGUCUGUCCCUCACGGCAGCCUACCAGUUCUCGUACACCACCGUCUUCGGACUUGCCAUUGCGUGCUUCGCGUCACUCCGAUCCAUCCUGAUUGUGGAACUUCUCGGCCUGGACAAGCUGACGAACGCCUUUGGACUGCUCCUGCUGUUCCAGGGUGUAGCUGCCUGCAUGGGAACACCUAUCGCCGGUGCCUUCAAGGACGCGACUGGUGGCUUCGACUACACCUUCUACCUGGCUGGGAUCCUCAUCACGCUCUCGGCCGUCAUGUGCUACCCACUCAACAUGGUCAACGCUUGGGAGAAGAAGCGCAACGCCCAGGCCGACAAGGACACACAAGUUGUCGCCAAGGUGGUGUGAGCGUGUGGCCGUGUGUGUGUGAGAGAGAGAGGGGCGGUCAGAGAAAAGAAUCGCAUGCUGCCGUCCCAGCAGCCGCCCAGCAGGCGCGGCCACCGUCACGAGGGAAGUCCUUGGAGCGGAUGAGUCGUGUUGAGGCCGGACUGGGAAGGACCCAAAUCAGAAUGAGUUGCUCACACCUUGAAUGCGACAAGUUUCUUUUUCUGCGUGUCCAUUGUGCCACCCACGAGAGAGCGCACCGCUUUCUUCCUCUGGAUCAUUGGCUCCGUGAGCCAAUUAAGCAAUCAGUCAGAUUCUUCUGUAAGAAGUAACGAGCUGACGAGAUCUGUAUUAAGUAUGCCGCGUGAUGUCUGUGUGCCUGUUUUGCGUGCGCUUUGUCUGAAAGUUGUGCUGUGCAAGUUAUUCGUUGAUCUCCUGACACAAUAGUGAAAACAGUGCCAGACAGGAGGCUGUAUUUAUAAUAUUUACGUAUAAAUCAUUCAAUUGUUCUACUGCAAGAAUGACAAGUGUUUAGAAAUAAUUUGUGUUAACAAAUAGCAGUAUCAGUACGCAUGAUUGUGUUUUAAUUGUUAUUGAUCGUGUGUAUGCGUUUGCGCUCGUGUUUGUAUGUUUGUGUGUGAGAGUGAGAAAAUAGAUCUUAGCUGCCAAUUAACUUGGAGUCUGGCUCCUGUACCAUGAAUUGAAAUGUGAUAAAUCAUUUACAACGUCAUUAUUCAAAGAUGUAUCCGUGCUAUACUCCAAAUUUGAAACUGCAUUUGCAGCCAGCCUCAAUGCUUACCCUUUUUAAUUUCAGGUCGUAAGGUGCGCUCAAAAAGAAUAGUAAUAAUUGUUAUCGACUGCAUAUGAUUCUUGUCUUAGAGUAACUAUGCGCUGAUGCGUGGUAUAUCCUAAUGGCUGUGCAUGAUAUUAUUUGAUAUCAAUACCUGUAGACAUAUGUGUACAUAGGAGUAAUCAAUUGUAUUUUUAUACUGAUAAUUUUAUGGGGACCAAGUGCAGCUCACCAAUGAA